GUGAAUUUGUUAGUUUUCUGAUACGUUUGGCGCAGUUUUGAUCAAAUUAUAUUCGUGGUCGGAUGAUAUACAAUUAUUAGUGAUGACAAAAUGUUUGGGGUGUUAGGACGUUAUGUUAGUGUCAUAACAAUACUUUUUAUAUUUUCUAGUGCUGUGAGUUGUGAUUAUGUUUCGUCAGGAAAUACAUUGUACGUGGCAGAAGACCCGCACUCCUCUCGAAAAUUUACUGUAAUAAAUAGAAACGAUGAAAAAGCGGAUAGAAGUGUGCACGAACGAAAUAAACGUGAUGCAACUUUAACUCCACCGCCUUUGGAAAAAAAUAUUAGUACUUGGACAACUCACCUCAAUGACAGUCACCAGCAACUCAUGGUGCAUUGGGUUGGUGAAGGAUCUAAUGUUAUUAUUUGCCUGGCAAGAGACUCCAGCCCUAGGAAUAAGGGUUCAAUUUCUCCAUCAGCUCUGUAUAUAUCAUAUGACUAUGGAAAGAACUUCACAAAUAAGACUGAAAGUUUCAGACUUGGAGAGGAACCUGACAGUGGUUAUGCACAACUUGAUAAAUUCUUCAAUCAUCCAAAAUACCCAGAAUUUUGUGUUUUCAUUGAUUCAACGAACAAGAAGUUAUAUACAACCAAUGACAAUGGACACACCAUUCAUAGGACGGACCUGACCUUCAAUCCCAACGAAUUGGUCUUUGAUGAAGAGUUUCCUGUCAGAUUUGUUAUCUUGGAUAAAACUAGCCAGAAUAGAAAUCUAUACCUAACGGUGGACGGUGGCAGAACGUUCAAACAAAUACAGAGUUUCGUAAAGACGUUCUUCUGGCCAUCUGGCCCGGAGUUGCCGAAGGUGUUCUACGUGGAACGUAUGAAGCCUCGCAGCAGUAGCACCGUGCUGAAGGUCAACGACCCCUCGGACAUGAGACACGCUGAAGUCUUGUUCGCGGACGCUAAGGAUUUCCAAAUAAAGGGCGACUACAUGUUCGCGACGAGACAAUCGGACGAUAAGAAUAAUGUAGAUUUGUACAUUUCGUACCAACGCGGUCCUUUCUACAGAGCAGAUUUCCAAACCGAGUUGGAUCUGAAGAAGUUUCAUAUCGCGGACGUGACGGACAAACGUAUAUUCGUCUCUGUUAUGCACACGGAGAGUGUAACCAACUUGUAUGUAUCGGAAAUAAGCAGGAACUUCACGAAAUACAACUUUGUGCUGAGUCUCAAACAAAUUUUGUGCUAUUUCCCCGAAGGCAACUGGAAGCACAGUUGGCUGGAAGACGUAACAGAAGAUCCAUUUACGGACUUGUAUCGGGUAGAAGGUCUAAAAGGGAUAUACAUUGCGUCGAAAGUGAAUUCCAAGUCUCUGGUUGAGAGUGUCGAGCCUGAACACUUAAUAUCGCUGAUCACGUUUGACCACGGCGUCACCUGGUCACCUAUCACACCGCCAGCUGAAGAUGAGAAUGGUAAACCUCUCAAUUGCCACAUUGAAAACUCAUGCAGUCUACACUUAUGUCAGAAAUUCAGUCAACUGUAUCCGGUUACAAGCCCACCCGGAAAUAUCAUAAAUAAUGAUAUGAGAUCCGCCAGCAUAAUGAGCUCUAAAUCGGCUCCCGGCAUUAUUAUGGCAACGGGAGUCAUUGGGAAAUCGCUGAAAGGUAUUCCUGGAGUAUAUAUAAGUCGAGAUGCUGGUCUCACAUGGAAAAGAAUUCUAAAGGACUAUUAUUUCUUUAACUACGGUGACCACGGCGGUGUACUGGUUGCCGUAAAAUAUUUUAAAUCAAGAGGCGAAACUAGACGAAUAUUGUAUUCAACAAAUGAAGGCUUGGAGUGGAAUUCUUAUCAGUUCAAUGCAGAUGACCUACGCAUUUACGGACUUAUGACAGAGCCGGGAGAGAACACAACCACGUUUACGAUGUUCGGGUCGGCGAAUGAGCAACAUCAGUGGAUAAUUAUCACAAUCGACUUGUUUAAUACGUUCGCACGCAAUUGCACGGAUGAUGAUUACAAGUUUUGGUCGCCAUUACUUCCAAAUUCAACGGUAUCGUGCGUUCUCGGGAAGAGGGACAUUUUCCAUAGACGAAUGCCCCAUACGAACUGUUACAACGGCGUCGGAUAUGUCCGACCGGUUAAGAAGGAGAUUUGCGAAUGUGGUCGCAGAGAUUAUGAAUGCGAUUUCGGGUUCGCCCUUUCCAGUAAUGUUUGCGUGCGCAAUCGGUCCACACGUUACAAUAACUACGAUCCCUAUGCUGUUCCAUCUGAAUGUCAGCCCGGGCACUUCUAUAAACGCACGAAAGGUUACAAAAAAAUCGACGGCGACGUUUGUAUAACACCUUUCUACUCACCCUACGAACCCGACAUGAUACCUUGUCCCUUAGAAGAACCUACAGAGUUCAUAUUAGUCGCUUUGAGAGAAAAAAUUGCCCGGAUAGAUCUAUCCGAUAAUUCGACAAUCAUUCCCGUUAAAGGUCAAAAGAAUAUUGUAGCGAUUGAGUUUGAUAUGAAAAAUAACUGCAUUUAUUGGGCUGAUAUUGAAGAUGAUAAAAUUAGCCGGCAGUGUUUCGAUAACGGCGACACCCAAGAAGUCAUAGUGGACACUGAUUUAGCCAGCAUAGAAGGAAUGGCGUUAGAUUGGAUAUCUAAUGUAUUGUUCUUUGUGGAUAGUUCCAGGAAGAAAAUUGAAGCGGUCAGAACAGAUCUGACUAGCAUGGGUAGAAUGAGAACUACAAUUUUGGACUCAAAAGUAUUGUCAAAGCCCAGGGGUAUUGCUGUACAUCCUAAAGCUGGAUAUCUCUUCUGGACUGAUUGGGAUAGGAAAAACCCAUCAGUUUCCAGAUCAAACCUUGACGGUACAAAUGUUAAGAAACUGUUCACACAUCCCGUAGUACAAUGGCCAAAUGGCAUAACAAUUGAUCAGAUGGCUGAGAGAAUAUAUUGGGUAGAUGCUAUGGAAGAUUAUAUAGCGAGUGCAGAUUUAAACGGACAGUACAUUAGAAGGAUCUUAUGGCAUGACGAGAAAGUUUUCCAUCCAUUUGCGGUCGCCGUUUUGAAAGACAAAAUGUACUGGGACGAUUGGAAAGCGAAAUCUAUAUUCAUUGCCGAUAAAGACACCGGGGCUAAUGUUAUUACGAUCAACAACUCCUUCAGCGGUCUCAUGGAUCUGAAAGUUUUCGCACAUUUCAUGCAGCACGGAAGCAAUGCUUGCUCAUACAAAAAUACAAGUUGUGAUACUCUUUGCUUGGGUGGUCCAGGGCAUACGUUCAGUUGUUUGUGUCCAGAUGGAUUCAAGAAAAUUAAUGGGAAAUGCAUGUGUCCCAAUGGAAUGGAACCAGCGCCAAAUAUGACGUGUCCAAUGAAGGCUGGCACUUGCGGACCCGAGCAGUUCACGUGCAAGAACGGCAUGUGCAUCACCAGCACGUGGCACUGCGACGGCAACGACGACUGCGGCGACAUGUCCGACGAGAGCGGCUGCGUGUGCGCGCCGCCGAUGGUCGCGUGCUCCGAUGGCAGCUGCUACAUGCCGCAGUGGCGGUGCGACGGCGAUAUCGAUUGCACGGACAUGAGUGAUGAGAAAGACUGUGUAAAACAAAACUGCACAGACACUCAGUUCCAAUGUCAAAACGGACAAUGCAUAGAAAAGAGAUGGUUGUGUGACGGAGACAACGACUGCAAGGAUGGAUCUGAUGAGCGCAACUGCACGCAAACCCCCCCAAAACGUCCCGACAGCCUCACGUGCAGCGUGAACGUGUUCGCGUGCGGCAACGACCUGCACGAGCUGUGCAUCCCCACCUCGUGGGUGUGCGACGGCGAGCUGGACUGCCCCUCGGGGGAGGAUGAGACGGACGAGAAAUGCAGGCAGUCCACCUGCGGCCCCUAUAUGUUCAGGUGCCCGACGGGCAAGUGCAUUUAUAGCUCUUGGGUGUGCGACGGCGAAAACGACUGCAGCGACGACGAGGCGUUCGACGAGAAGAACUGCACCAACACGUCGAGCCACACCAAGUUGAUACCUCGACCGAACACGGACAAACCGGAUUUCCCAACGAACGGCUCUUGUCUGGACUGGAUGUUCAAGUGCGAGAAUGGAAACUGUUUACCGUACUGGUGGAGAUGCGACGGGAUCAACGAUUGCGGGGAUAAUUCGGAUGAGGCCGCGUGCGGUUUCGUUGUGCCCGACGCGAGUGCUAUCAGUCCGGAACACGACGCCACUAAGCAUAAGUGCGGGAAGAACCAGUUUACAUGUUCGCCAGGCGUGUGCAUCCCCCUGUCGUGGGUGUGCGACACGGCGAAGGACUGCGCGGACGGCGCGGACGAGCGCGGGUGCGCGGGCGCAGGCGCGGGCGCGGGAGCGGGCGCGGGCGCGGGCGCGGGCGCGGGAGCACACGCGUGCGACGCGGACAGCACGCCCUGCAACGACGGGCGCGGCUGCGUGCGCGUCGACAAGCUGUGCGACAAGGUGCCCGACUGCGCCGACAGGAGCGACGAGAUAUACUGCAUCGAGGGUCUACCACGUUCUGGAAAUUGUUCGUCCAAAUUCUUCGAUUGCGAUGACGGCACCAAAUGCCUGUGGCCCUCUCUGCUGUGCAACGGGCGACGGGACUGCUACGACGGCUCGGAUGAACAGAACUGUUCGAGCGCUAAUGGACAGAACAAUAAUAUGUAUAAGUUCCUGAGUAUAGGGGUGGACCAAUCGUCCAUAACGCCGACGAGCUUCCUCAUAUCGUGCUGGAUGGCUCAGCAGAACACAGUCAUGUACAACUUCUUGCCGUCCAUAGCCAAAGUGGGCCAGAACAAUUGGAAGAACAUGACUUGGAUUAAUGACAGUGUUUAUAGGUUUACCAAUUUAGAACCCUACACGAAUUACAAUGUCACGUUUUAUAUACGGAAUAGCGAGUCGAACAAAACCUACGCUUCAUUCGAAUAUGUCAAUACUACAACCGGUGAAGGAGUUCCAUCAGCGCCGCGUCGUCUAACAGUUCGCCAGAUGGUCGGCAGUCGGGUGAAUCUACUAUGGGAUCCUCCCCUGACCCCCCGCGGUGUUAUCACGCACUACUCCGUGUACUACGUCCCCCCACUACCACCGAUAAUGAAGGUGGUACCCGCUUCUGAACCAAACGCGACCGUUAGUUACGUGCUCAAUGCGUAUUUCAAACCGGGGACGAAUUAUUCUUUCUGGGUGACAGCAUCGAAUUCCGCAUUCUCAUCGAACUCAACGGACAUAUCCUACUUAAUGUUCGACGACGUCGGCGACGUGGAUGAGAUAGUGAACGUUAGUCUGGCGAGAAUCAACGAUACGGCUGUUUCGCUUGAAUGGCAUAAGUUGAGAGGCGUCGAGGGCUAUAUUAUUGAAACGACAUUACCGUGGACUUAUGCUAAGCCGGAUAUUAUUAAGACUAAAGCGAAUAAUAUUACGUUAACCAACCUCCCGCCCGGCGUCCAAGUGUACGUAGACAUAAAGGCCUAUAAGGACCAAAUUAUUGGAGAACCAUUCACGAUACCGAUACCAAAGAGUGGUAUUCCAGAUGAAAAAUUGAAUAUGACGGCGGUGUUAUUGAAGGAAAAGGGCACUUCGGUGCAAUUGAGCUGGUCCCCGCCCGUCUCCGAACGGUAUAAGGGCAGGGAACUUGAAUAUCAAGUGCUCUAUACGAAUAUUGCUAACUUCAGGAUGCACCCGAGGGAGUUGGUUCAAGAUAAAAAGAUAUUUAUUACUAAGAAUACUGGCGCGGUAAUCGACGGACUGAACGCUUGCGAGAGUUACAUGUUCACUGUGGGGCUGCGAGGCGGACCACUGGCUUCUGUUAAAGAGAUUAUUACAAGAGAAAACGAAAAGGCACCAGUUAAAGAUCUACACUUUGAAUAUGAUGAAAGCAAGAAGCAAUUGCAAAUACAUUGGAAGGCCAAUUGUGACGUCAUACGUGAGCCUGUCGCAUACAGGAUGGAUAUAACGGAACAAACGCGCAACGUAACAAGUCGGUAUGAACUGGAGCCGAGCAGCAAUGUAACACUCGUACACACGAUGUACAACGUGCCAGUCGGUGGGAGAUAUUAUAUUUGUAUACGAACGGCAGCGAAGAAUUCGACGCCACAUUGCGGGCACGCACGCAGCGGCAUCAUCCAGCCGCCGCACGCCGUCGUGGCGUGGCUCUCGCCGAGCGGACACAUUAUGCUCAGUUGGGAUCACCCGCAGCAUAAUGAUACGCAUGACCACAAGUACCAAGUCAUAGUGUCGGAGAAGGAGAUACCGGAAGACCUGGUGACGCCGAGCGCCGACAUGACGACCGCGGAGAGCGAGUUCUCCCCGCUGCUGCUGAGCGUGCCGCGCGCCGGCGCCGGGCCCGUGUACGUGAGCGUGCGCGCCGUCUCGCGCGACGGCUACUACAGCGACCUCAGCGAGGUGCAGACCUUGGAAAUGUUGGGUGCGGCGGCGGAGGAGCGCGGGGGCGGAGGGGCCGGCGCGGGCGGCGCGGUGUGGUGGGGCGCGGGCGCGGCGGCGCUGGCGGCGCUGCUGCUGGGCGCGGCGCUGCUGCACGUGGCGCUCAAGAACCGCCGCCUCAACCGCUCCUUCCUGCGCCUCGCCGCCACGCCGCGCUACGACAGCCGCCGCGGGCAGGCGACCAUUGACCACGAAGAUGACGACGUACCGCCAAUCCACGGUUUCUCGGACGACGAACCUCUCGUUAUCGCGUGAACCUCUCUAAUGUGAUUUUAUUGUGAUCUUGUCAUUUCAUUACACUACCCGCAUCGUGAUUAUUGAAUAUAUAAAAAGACAAACUUUUUGCAGUUAUAUAUUUUUUAUCUGUUUUAAACCUUAUCAUUGUUCAUCCCUUUCAAUUUUAUUUUAUGUCAAAGAGGGAUAGAAAUGAUAUCGGGCUUAAAACAGAUGGAAAAUGCUUUUAAGUAAAUAAAUCGUUAUCCUUAGUGGUUUACACUUUAGUCCAAAAUUUGACAAUGAAUAGAUAAAAUAAAAUAGUAAACUUAUUAAAACAUUUGUGGGUAGUAUGAUGUUAAUUAAAUUAAAAGUUACAUUAUUUUCGUUUAGUAUCUAUGUUAUAUGCAUUUUGCCAGUUAUUGUUUGUUAGAUGAAUAACCAGUAUGAAAACACUAAGUAUUAUUAUUUUAUUACUCUAGUUUCUUUACGAUAGUGGCAUAUAAAUCUAUAAGUUCUUAUGACUAUCAUGGAAAAAUUAGAAAGAAUUUAAUUUAGUACAAUUAGUGAUUUGUCGUAGAUUUUCAUAUAUUUUUGUGUUUCGUAAACGUUACGCGGGCUGUAAUUGUUAGAAGACUUCUAAGUUCUAUGUAUUUUAAGUUUGUAAUCAUAAAGGAUAUUUAAGUUUUUACAGUUUAAUAAAACAUUGACUCAAGUUCGACACCAAAGAUUUCAUACAAGUAAGAUUUUAAUAUAUGUAUUCAUAGUUAAUACGUAUAUAAAUAUAGUGUAUAUUUUUGGUGAUCUUUAUAAAUAAAAUCUUUAUGUGUUGAACAUAGAGGGCGCUGAACAUAUUUGCUUAGUGUUCUUCAUUUAAAUUUCAUAUCUAUUGCCAGAUAACCGAUUGUUUUUUUUUUGGAAAAUGCGCUCUCUAGGGUUAUAAACUAAGGUAGCUCAGAUCUCGACAUUCCUUAAGUUUGUGAAUUUAUUGUUUAGUUCCUAAAGGUGAAAAUUGCCUCUUAGCUUUCUUAUGACUUUAUUUAUUUGGAUAUAAAUAUAAUAAAUAGCAAAAUUCGUAGACAUUGUAAGUUUUGUAUGGAUAUCGUAGACGUUGCUCAUAAAUUGAAAGGAAUAUCUUUGAAUAAAAAUAAAUCAUCUGAAA